AUGCCUGCUCCCACGGCGCUGCGGCGCACUGAAGACGAACCCGUCAUUGACUUCAACACCGGCAUCCCCCAGUCCGCCCCUGCCGGCAACAACGACGACGAUGAAGUCCUCGUCGACAUGGACUCCGCUCCUCCUACCACCCUCCACCUCACCGCGGACUCGAACCCGCAGAACCUCGUGCACAUCCAGACCCGCAAGGUGCCCAUCCCGCCACACCGAUUCACGCCCAUCAAGGCGGAGUGGCCGAAGAUCUACCCGCCGCUCUGCGACCACCUGAAGCUGCAGGUGCGGAUGAACAUCAAGAACAAGUCGGUGGAGAUGCGCAGCUCGAAGUACACGACAGACUCGGGGGCGCUGCAGAAGGGCGAGGAUUUCGUGCGGGCACUGGCAUACGGCUUCGACGUGGAGGACGCCAUCGCGCUGCUGCGACUAGACGACCUCUUUAUCGAGACGUUCGAGAUCAAGGACGUCAAGAUGACUCUGCAAGGAGACCAUCUGGCGCGUGCGAUCGGUCGUAUUGCCGGCAAGGACGGAAAGAUGCGGUACUCGAUUGAGAAUGCGUCGCGGACGCGUAUCGUCCUGGCCGGUCAGAAGGUGCACAUUCUGGGCGGGUUCCAGAAUAUUCGCAUGGCCCGGGAAGCCGUCGUCAGCUUGGUGCUGGGUUCGCCACCAGGAAAGGUCUAUGGCAACCUGCGGACGAUUGCGUCCCGCCGGAAGAUGAUGAUGUGA